CCUGCCACGGCGACUUUAACAUUACUGCAACUCACACACACACUAACAGAGAGAGAGUUCAGCUACAGUCAGGACGAGGUGCUUCUUCAGUCGACCACACGGUCUUUCUUAUUCAUAACAAGAGGAUGAAUAACUUCAUACUGAUUUUACCAAUUUCGGCGUUCCUAUUUGGACCAGCACUGUGCUCAGAAGAUGAGACAAGAUUGGUAAAGACUCUGUUUACUGGAUACAACAAGGUAGUUCGUCCUGUUAGCCAUUUUAAGGAUCCGGUGGUAGUUACUGUGGGACUACAACUCAUUCAGCUCAUCAGCGUGGAUGAAGUUAAUCAGAUUGUCAACAGUAAUGUGCGGCUAAAGCAGCAAUGGAAGGAUGUGAAUCUGCAGUGGAAUCCUGAUGACUAUGGUGGCAUCAGGAAGAUCAGAAUUCCCUCCACUGACAUCUGGAAACCGGAUUUAGUGCUUUAUAACAAUGCUGAUGGAGACUUUGCCAUCGUCCAUGAGACAAAGGUCUUGUUGGAGCACACAGGUAUGAUAACAUGGACUCCUCCAGCAAUCUUUAAGAGCUACUGUGAGAUCGUGGUCCUUCACUUUCCCUUCGACCUGCAAAACUGCAGCAUGAAACUUGGAACAUGGACCUAUGAUGGCAACCUUGUCAUUAUCAACCCAGACAGUGACAGACCGGACCUAAGUAAUUUCAUGGAGAGUGGAGAGUGGGUGAUGAAGGAUUACAGGAAUUGGAAACACUGGGUGUAUUACGCUUGCUGUCCAGAUACGCCCUACCUUGAUAUCACUUAUCACUUCCUCCUGCUCCGCCUCCCACUUUAUUUCAUCGUGAACGUCAUCAUCCCCUGCAUGCUGUUCUCCUUCCUCACUGGGCUUGUUUUCUACCUGCCCACAGACUCCGGUGAGAAGAUGACCCUCAGCAUCUCUGUCCUGCUCUCUCUGACUGUGUUCUUGCUGGUGAUUGUUGAGUUGAUCCCCUCCACCUCCAGUGCUGUUCCUCUUAUCGGCAAAUACAUGCUCUUCACUAUGAUCUUUGUCAUUGCUUCCAUCAUCAUCACUGUGAUUGUCAUCAACACACACCACCGCUCCCCCAGCACACACACAAUGCCUGCAUGGGUCCGCAAGAUCUUCAUUGACACCAUUCCAAACCUGAUGUUUUUCUCCACCAUGAAGCGGCCAUCCCAGGAACGACAGGAAAAGCGUCUCUUACCUGCAGAUUUUGACAUCUCUGACAUUUCAGGGAAACCCAUGCCUGCCUCUGUCCCCUACCACUCUCCCAUAACCAAAAAUCCUGAUGUACGUAGUGCCAUCGAGGGUGUUAAAUACAUCGCAGACACCAUGAAAAGCGACGAGGAGUCCAACAAUGCCGCAGAGGAAUGGAAAUUUGUCGCUAUGGUCCUGGAUCACAUUCUUCUAUGUGUGUUUAUGGCGGUGUGUAUUAUUGGCACACUAGGAGUGUUUGCUGGACGCCUGAUUGAGCUCAGCAUGCUGUGAGAGCCCAAAGGCCUGAAUGAAGCCAGGGACUGGAGUGCCUUGACUCUCUGCUGAGCUGUAGAAGAGGCAAAGAUGCCUGAUCAGACCAGCUUAUUCAACAACUGGAAAACAAACAAAAAAACACACACACACUGUUUCUUUCUUUUCAUUUAAAGUAUUUCUGUUAAUAAAGUUGCCUACACCUAACCUCAACCUGUCUGUUCAUAUGCAGAACUUGACAGAAUUAAGUAUAGAAGCAGAGAAAUAUGAGAAAGGCAUUUAUUGUGGCAUUUAUUUUACUUAGGGGUGCAUUAUAUUUGAUUUAGUUUGUUUGAUUUGUUUUAAUUUUUCUUGGUCUGUGUUUUCCAUGGUAACCAAUGUAGCUACUUGAAUUGUUAGAUAUUUAAAGACAAAAUGAUGAAUAAAGUUUAUUUGAUUAACUGCACAUGAACUAUCAACAUAAGUUGACGAUGUUGCCGUUGUUACAUUUCUCUGACAUAAGCCACUGUGUAUUUGGUCAAAUAUAUUAUAAAUAUACAUAUUUAAUGGUUAAUUUAAGUUUAUUUUUUAGUGUAUACAUGCUUUUUGAUGAAGAAUUUAGGCCUUACUAAAAAUGUAACAUUUGUCUUGUAGUGCAUAAUAAAUACUGGUAAUAUCACAGUG